AUGUUGCCAUUUUCAAAGGUGACAAGCACAUUAGUGCUUUUCUUAUCUUUGUCAUCUUUUGCUUCAGCAUUCUAUUUACCUGGUGUUUCCCCAAAUGACUAUCACAAAGGAGAUCAAGUGGCACUUCACGUCAAUUCACUUACACCCAACUUUGGCAAAUCAGUUAUUUCUUAUGAUUAUUACAACCCGAAAUUUCACUUUUGUAAGCCAGGAAAUAAUACGAUUGAACAGCCAGAGAGCAUAGGCUCAAUACUCUUUGGCGACAGAAUUUUCAACUCACCUUUUGAGCUGAGAAUGAUCAAAGAUGAAAAGUGCAAGUUACUUUGUACAACAGAGAUAAUCCCAGCUGAGGAUGCCAAGUUUAUCAACAGUGCAAUCAUGAAUGGUUAUGCAAUAAAUUGGAUCGUGGAUGGUUUACCUGCUGCUACAGAAGAUGUAGAUCGUGAAACAAACAAGGUGUAUUAUAAUAUUGGUUUCCGAUUGGGUACUAUAUUCAAUAGCGUACCCUACCUGCACAACCAUUACAAUAUCAAGAUACACUAUCACACUACAAGCCGAGACUUGCAUCGCGUCGUAGGCGUGAUUGUAACUCCCGAAAGCAGAGAUAUUCGUGCGGGAGCAGAAGGGGAUGGCAUGUGCUUGGAAGAAGUCGGUAAAUUUCAUUUGAAUGAAGAUGGAAAGAGUAAAGUGACCUAUACAUACUCUGUCACUUGGACUUAUUCCAGUACUGUUUGGGCAACAAGAUGGGAUGGCUAUCUUCAUGUCCUUGAUCCUUCCAUUCACUGGUUUUCUUUGAUUAACUCCAUCAUAAUCGUUCUCUUUUUAACCGGCAUGAUUUCUAUGAUCUUACUUCGUGCUUUGCAUAAAGAUAUCUCUAGAUACAAUGCUCUCGAGGCUCAAGAAGACGUGCAGGAAGACUAUGGUUGGAAAUUGGUACAUGGAGAUGUCUUCAGGCCUCCUAACCAUGCAAUGAUUCUAUCAGUUAUGACCGGCAGUGGUGUACACUUGAUUGCAAUGACUGGGCUGACACUUGUGUUUUCUGUUCUUGGGUUCCUAUCACCCUCUAAUCGAGGCGCACUUGCUACAAUGUUGAUUCUCUUCUUUAUGGUCUUCAGCUGCGUUUCAGGCUAUGCUUCUUCUCGUAUUUACAAAAUGAUUGGAGGAGAAAACUGGAAGCUAAACAUGAUUCUUACUGCCACCUUUUUACCUGGAGUUCUUUUGGGCGGUUUAUUAGGUCUCAACUUUUUCUUGAUCUACUCCAAUGCUUCUGGUGCUGUUCCAUUUGGAACAAUGCUUGCUAUGGUUGCACUUUGGCUCAUCAUCUCGUUCCCUCUCAGUUUAUUUGGAUCCUACAUCGGUUUCCGUAAACCACGUAUUGAGCAACCUGUUCGUACAAACCAAAUUCCUCGACAGAUUCCUGAUCAGCCCUUCUACUUGAGACCUAUCCCCUCUAUUUUGAUGGGCGGUAUUCUCCCUUUUGGUGCCAUCUUUAUUGAGCUCUACUUUAUCAUGAAUUCUAUCUGGUUUCAUCGCAUUUACUACGGCAUCGGCUUCCUUUUCUUGGUAUUUGGUGUGUUGAUCAUGACCUGCUCACAAGUGGCUAUCUUGAUGUGUUAUUUCCACAUGUGCAACGAAGAUUACCAUUGGUCUUGGCGUGCAUUCUUAACUGCGGGCGCCACAGGCUUUUAUGUUUAUGCUUACGCGUUCUUGUAUUACUUUACUAAAUUGGACAUCAAUUCAUUUACAAGCACUGUGCUUUAUUUUGGAUAUUCUUCCAUCAUCAGCUUCCUGGUAACCGUGAUGACAGGAUCCAUUGGUUACUUGUCUUGUUUAUUCUUCUUGAGAAAAAUAUUUGCCAGCAUCAAGGUUGAUUAG